AUGAAAAGAUUUGCAGUUAGAAAUAUUAAUUCAAACAUUUUUUUAUUUAAUAUGCAUUUUAAAAAAUGUAGUUUUUAUAGUAGUAAAAAAAAUGAACAAAAUAUGAUUAUGAAAACAGAAUAUUUAUCUCAUGAAAACUAUGACGACGUUGAAUUUGAUGAAAAAUUACCUUCCAAUUUAAGUUUUGAUUUAAAUGUAGAUGAUAAAUGGAGAGAAAAAGAAGAGAUAGAAUAUAACAAUUUUUUGAAAAAACACAAAUGCAACGUUAACAAGGAGGCAUUUAAAAUAGAAACAUCAACUAAUUCUAAUAGUAAAUCUAUGAUUAACAACCUGAAUGUUUCUAGUGAAAAAUUUCUUAAAGACAGUUACACAAAAAAUGAUAAUUUUAACUUUGAUAAAAAAUAUUUUUAUGAAAAUGCAGAAUUUAUAUCAGAAAUGAACAAUUAUGAAAAUAUCAUUCAAAGUGAAAAUGAAUUAGAUGAUGCGUAUAAUUGCGAUAAUAGAAUUAAUUCAGAAACAAAUUUAAAAGAUUUAGAUAAAAAUUUCAGUUUAAGUAAUAUGAAUUCAGAUUUUUCUAAAGAUAGUAUAGAGAAGAAUUUUUCUAAUAGUCAUGUAGAUGACAUUAUAAAUGUAGAAUAUAUUAAAAAUUUAAUUGAUAAAAAAGAGAAAAGUGUUAACUCAGUCAUAUAUAUUUUGGAUAUUUUAAAAAAAAAAAAUGAUAUAUUAUAUGAAAUAGAGGAGGAAUAUAUAAAUAAAUUGUUCAAAAUAUUAUAUGAAAAUUUUGAAAAGGUAUCUUACAAAAACUUAAUGUAUAUAUUAGGAUUAAUGAAUGAAUUAAAUAUGAAAAAUAAAAUUAGAGAUAUAUCUUAUGAAAUAAUGAAAAUUUUAAAUAAAGAAAAAACCAACGCAAAUGAUAAUAAAGAAAAAAUAAAGUUGUGUAUAUAUUAUAUAACAAUAUUGAAUAAUUGCUCAUUAUAUUUUGUUGAAUUUUAUGACUAUUUAACUGUUAAAAUAAAGUAUAUGGAUUAUGAUGAACUAACUACAUUUGCCAAUGAAUGCUUUAAGCACAGUUUGAGAACUAAACAUUAUUUAGAUAAAGUUGUUAUUGUAUGUAUGGAAAGAUUUGAUGGAUUUAAUUUGAAUCAAAUAAAGUCAUUAUGUUAUUCUUUUCAUCGUUUUUGCAAAGAAUAUUCUAAUUUCUAUGACUUAUCCUUAAGUACAAUAAUAAAAAAUAUUGACAAAUUUGAUUUAACUUUUUACCAUUUGAUAUUGAAAAUAGCCAAUAACUUUAAACAUGAUGAAAAAUAUAUUAAUUUAAUUGCACUAGUUGCUAAACAAGUUAUUUUAAAUAUACAAAAUAUGAGAAAAUCAAAUGCUAAAAUAUAUUCAUUAAAUAAAAAAGAAAAAGAGCAAACAUGCGAUUAUAUCAACGAAGAAGAGAAUGUUAAAAAUAGUAUUAAUAUAAAACAAACAUAUGAAAACAUGAAUGAACAAAUAAUAAAAAACAAAAAAACAAGGAAUAUUAAUCAAAAAAAUGGCAGAACGGACAAAAAACACGAGGAUAAUGAGAAUAAUAAAAUAGAAAAAGAGAUAAAAGAAUACGAUGCUGAAAAAAGAAAUGAAAUGUCUAAUGUCAUUAAAAAUGAGUUAAAAGAUGACUUUAAAAUAGAGAAUGAAUUUUAUGAUAAUAAUAGAGAAAAUGAAAUAAUAAAAACAAUCCAAUGUUUAAAAUAUUUCGAAUAUAAUAAAAAAAAUAAUAAUGAAGUUAAAAACGCAGUAAAUAAUAUUUAUGAAUUAAUUAAUGAAAAUAUAGAAUGUAUCAAAUAUUUAGAUAUAGAAGAUGUCGUUUAUUCGAUUGUUUGUUUUUGUUCUUAUAACAAAAGAAUUAUAUUAUAUAAUAAUCUUUUAGAUAUACUUUGUGAAAAAUCUAACGAAUUAAUACAUGCUAAAAAUAUUUCUCUGUGGAUAUAUCCUCUUAUAAGCUUAUCAAAAAUAUCUUGGUUUCAUAUGAAUUAUAUGAUAAAUAUAUUUAAUUUUAUAAAAGAUACUUAUGUAUUAAGUAGGUUGAGCGUUUUUCAGCUAUUGAAACUGUUGUCAUCCAUUGUUAAAAUGAAUGUAUACGACGAAAAAAUAUAUAAAAUAUUAAUUGAAAAAUUAUAUAAAGAAUGGGAUAUAAUAAAAAAGAAAAUUAUUGAUAUAUCUACCUUCUUGUGGUCAUGUGCAUAUGUUAAUAUUAUUUAUAAACCACUUUUUGAUGACUCAUAUAAAUUAAUAAUUGAUUUAUUAAAUAAAGAAUCAUUUGAUGUUAAUAAUGCUAUAUAUAAAAAUUGUUUUGUUAAUAUUACUUGGUCAUUUAUUGUAGCUAAUUAUCAUAAAACACAGAAAGAUUUUGAUAAAAUUUUAAAUAUGACCUUUUUAAACAGGAAUCCACACGAUUCGCAGGCUUUUAAAAGGUUACAUCAAAUCGCUGAUUCAUGUUUUAAAGAAAUACCUAAGUCAUUAAUUGAUUUAAAAUGCUUAGAUAUUAUGUAUAAAUAUUGUAUGCAUGAAAAAUGCAAAAUUUUAAGAAGUGAUUUCAAUAUAUAUAAAAAGGAAAAAGAUGCAAUGAAAAUAAGAAAUAAAAUAUUAGAUGAAUUAAUUCAUAUUUUAAAAAGUUUUAAUAUUUCAUUUAAUCUUCAUUUUGAACCAUAUCAUAAUUCUCCAUAUAUAAUAGACAUUGUUUUAAAUCAAAAAAUGCAAAUAGGUAUAUGUGUUUUUAGCAAAGAACAUUUAAUGAGAACUUUAAAAAAGUCGUCUUGGGAUUUUUUAAACACUGGUUUUGUUUCAUUGCAAAUGAGAAUUUUAUAUGCUCAUGGGUGGAAGAUUAUUCCUAUCAAUGCGGGAGAAUGGCUUCAAUUAAAUUUUGAUAAAAAAAAAUCAUUUUUAUAUGAAUAUUUUAAACAGCAUUCAAUACAAAUAUAA